CUUUUUCUGUGUCUGCCUACAUCCACUAGUUUUAGCGGACUUUUGAGAUAUUUUCAUUGCUCCUAACCUAGCUAGCUCGAUCUACUUAACGCUCAAGCAUGAGUAGUGAUGCAGACGCCGAAUGAUAAUGGCGAUGUGGAGAGGAUUUUGCCUCAGACGGCCCUCAGAAUAUUGCUUGUCGAAGCUGAUGAUUCCACGCGCCAGAUCAUCGCCGCCCUUCUCCGUAAAUGCAGUUACAAAGUAGUUGCUGCAGUUCGUGAUGGCUUAAAGGCAUGGGAGACAUUGAAGAACAAAGCACAUGACAUAGAUCUCAUAUUAACUGAAGUCGAUUUGCCUUCAAUAUCUGGAUUUUCACUUCUUACUCUAAUCACUGACCAUGACUUCUGCAAACACAUUCCUGUCAUAAUGAUGUCAUCUAAUGACUCAGUUAGCAUGGUCUUCAAAUGCAUGUUAAAAGGUGCAGCUGAUUUUCUUAUCAAACCUGUAAGGAGGAAUGAGCUCAGGAACUUGUGGCAGCAUGUCUGGAGAAGGCAGACUAUAACCAAGCCUCCUCAAAAAUUAACACUUGCACACAAUAAUAAACUUGAUGCUGCGAUAGAAAACAAGCCUGCAAGCAAUGACUCCACCGGUUCUGUGGCUUCCACUCAGAAAAAUAACGAAACUAGUGAGGCUCAAAGCACUUGUACUUCGCCAAUUUUGGGAGCUGAGAGUGGUUCCAUGGAAAAUAUGCAGGAUGCAACCCAGCUGAAGAGUUCUUCAAAUUUGAGUGAUAUUGAUGCAGUGAAACAGGAUAAAUCUACCCAAUUAGAAAUGGAAUCACCUAAGCAUAACAGUGAAGCUGGAGAGAAAUCAAUUAUAUUUGUAUCCGAAGCUGUCAAGAGCAACAAAACUUCGACUGGUUUAAGGCUAGGUCAAGGCUAUGAUUAUAUUGAAACCGAAAACAAUGAUGAAGUUAUAAGGACAGAGUUAAGCAAAGGCAACCCUCACAUUAGUACAGAGAUUCGUGGAUGCAGUGAUGAACUCUUAGAACCUUCUUCUGGAGCUAUGGACUUGAUUGCUGCAUUUGGGAAUCUUCCAAAGAGAACUAUUGGAAAUCAUAGUUUCCAUGAUGGUAGCACAGCCAAGUUUGAAUUUGAUACACAAUUGGAACUUUCUACAAGAGGAGAUUUUCCUGCAUCGGAGGAAAGGCUAAUGUUGAACCACACUAAUGCUUCUGCAUUUUCCCAGUAUAGCAGUAGUAAGUUGUUUUCAGAGAACAGUCCUCAUGAAUCCCAUGAAUUAUGUGAAAAUACAAACAUUUCUCAUCGGUAUGGGGGCAAAAAUCAAAAUCACAAUCCGGAAAAUACCAAUUCUAUGGUCAUUGGCCAGUCUGGACAAGUGAAAACAAAAUUCCCAAAUAGUCAACUUGGAUUCUUUCCUGCCACUGGGGUUAGUUUUGAUAAUGUGUCUACGGGAGAUGGUGAUGUUUUUCCUUCUAUGCUCUACACACAAUUGACUCCGAAAUCAGUGUGCCAGAAGGAAAGUUCGCCAUUUCCCACAAGUACUUCCUCCCAGUCCAAUAAUGAAAGUAUGAAGUCGGAACAUCAUCACUGGUCAGAUGAUGCCACCUUUACAUCUGAUAAAUGUGAAAAUGAUCAAAGCAAUUUGGAUUGUGCUGUGAAUGACUCUUCUGCUACCCGUCAAAGUUCUAGUACAAGCUUUUAUCAUGAUUCUGCAAAUCAUAGUAGUAGUGGUGUAAAUGGAAGCGGUGGCAGCGGAAGUGAUGGAAAUGUUACUUCAACUGGUGUAGAUGAUGAACUUAGAGGGACAGAUUCUCAUCGGACCAGCCAAAGAGAAGCAGCCCUUACAAAGUUCCGACUGAAGCGAAAGGACAGAUGCUAUGAUAAAAAGGUACGAUAUGAAAGCAGGAAAAGACUGGCAGACAAGCGGCCUCGGGUGAAAGGACAGUUUGUUCGCCAAGUACAACACAACGAACAUACAGCAGUAGAGGCCGGUGGUGGUUUCUGAAACUGUUUUUGUUCUUGUAUACUAUCUAUAAAGAAGUUAACUUCAUUAUUGAAUUACAGUAUCAUUUUUUCAGACAAGGAUUAGCUGUAGAGUCUUGUGAAAUCUGUUUGCUUUUGGCAUUGUUAUUGAUUUUUUUAACUUGUGAUAAUGGCUGUCUCUUAGAAAUUUAGUAUUGUGUUUGGAACUGACACUUACUCUAGUGCACGUUCAUUGGUAAGCUAAAAUUGGUAGCUUUGGUUCAAACGUGCUUAUGAGAGUACCCUGCGGCUAUCAUGGUUGUAAACCUGUCUGUCAAUACAAUGGCGUCCAUUCCAUGAACUACUGUCUUAUAAUAUAUAAACGAUUAUGGAUUGUCUUGAGGCUCAAA